ACAUUGGAAUCUAUUUAUUUUAAUGAAAUUACUAUAAAAAUAUCUAAAGUACUGAAGACCUUCCAUGAACCCACGCAGCAUGCAAAAUUCAGAGCUUAUUUAAUGAAAUGAUAAAAGUUAACGGUGUAAUAUAUUACACAACAAUCAUAAGCAUGGUAAGGAGUAUAGGACCAUGAUAACUCAUCGUCUAGACGAUAAGCAUCGCUAAAAAGUGACGCCGUAGCUAUUCCAGACGUAUCGUCUAGUUGUGCGCGACCAGCCUGAUCUUGUUUCAGCAAGGUGGCCCUUAAAAAAAGAAAAAAAAAAUCAAAACAAAUGAAUACCCUUGUUCGUCUUCUACCGGAAUCGGUUUUACAAGCCCUAACUUCGGCUUAUUUUCGGUUUUCUGCUUGGAGGGCCUUUGGUUCAGGAAAUCAUAGCCAGCUCAAAACCUGUGUUGACUUGAAGAUGAAAGUCCAUAUCAUACCAGCCUUGCAAGACAACUACAUGUAUUUGUUGAUUGAUGAGAGUUCAAAUGAAGCUGCAGUAGUAGAUCCAGUAAACCCUAGUAAAGUGAUUGAAAUGGCUAAUCAGGAAAACGUGAAGUUGACAACUGUCCUAACUACCCACCACCAUUGGGAUCAUGCUGGAGGAAAUGAAGAACUGGUAAAACUUGUACCUGGUCUUGCAGUUUAUGGUGGGGAUGAUCGCAUUGGAGCUUUGAACAAAAAAGUCUCUCAUGGAGAUAAACUUCAAGUGGGAAACCUAGAAAUUCAAUGUUUAUUCACCCCAUGCCAUACUUCUGGUCAUAUUUGUUAUUAUUUGCCACCAAGCAGUGUAAAUGGGCAAGCAGCAGUAUUUACUGGAGAUACCCUGUUUCAAGGUGGUUGUGGUAGAUUUUUUGAAGGUACAGCUGAUCAAAUGUAUCAUGCUUUGAUCGAUGUUCUUGGCGGCCUUCCUGAUGAUACUCGCGUUUAUUGCGGCCAUGAGUAUUCUCUACAAAACCUAGCUUUUGGACUUCAUGUAGAACCUAACAAUGAAUCUGUCGUCAAGCGUAUAUCUUGGGCAAAAGAGCAACGUGCAAAAUCCGAACCCACCGUUCCUUCUCUACUAAGUGAAGAAAAGCUGUUCAAUCCAUUCAUGCGUGUUAACGAGCUUACCGUACAAAGGCAUGCGAAACAGAAUGAUCCUAUUGAAACGAUGAAAAUUUUACGCACCGAGAAAGACUCGUUUAAAGCCAAUAUAUGAAAACUCUGGCAAACGGCUGAAAUUUCGUGAUGCUCUGUAGGCCUUCAACUUGCAACGUCCUCGUUAUUGCAUUCGUGUGUUAUACAUAUUUCUCAAGUC